AUGAAACGUUUGAUGGAAAAAGGUGUAGAUAUUUAUAGUAGAAAUCACAAUGGUUCGAAUGCACUUCAUAUUGCUGUGAAAAAAAAUAACCUAAAUAUUGUUUUGGAGCUCCUCAAAAUUUAAUACCCUCUCGAUCAUGUUAAAAAUAAUGGUAUAACAGCAGCUGGAAUAGCAGCUUAUAAAGGACAUAUCAAACUUCUUGAUUUGCUAACUCAAGCUGGAGCUGAUAUUACAUUAUCAUCUAAAGUCCCAGUCUAUUAUAAUGAUCCAGUAAAAACAGACUCGUCUCCUGUGUUUUUUGCGAUAAAGUGUGGAAAUCUAAAAAUACUUGAGAUGAUGCUCGAUACUGGAUUUGACCUUACACACUGGCAUGAUCUAAAUUAGAUUGAUCCAUAAAAUGAAACACCACUAUCUCGUUAUGUCAUGUUUAACAACUUUGAUUUGGCUAAAAAGCUAAUAUCUAGAGGUGCAAAACUUGAUUUCUGUAACAAAGAGGGCAAAACUGUGAUAGUUCAAGCAACUUAAUAAAUGAGAAUGGAAGCUAUUCAAUUUUUAAUAUAAUAAGGGGCCAACCCUCACAUUAUGGAUUUUCAAGGCAAUGACGCUUGUGAUUAUGCUAGAAUUAAUUCUAUCGGAAGCAUUCCAGAGUUAAAUAAUUGUGAUCCAAAGUAAAGAAUGAGAUCUGCAGUUCCAUAAGAUACAGAUGGAACUCACGCGCUCAGUGAAGCCUAUAAUAGAGUUAAUGAAAAAUACAAUUAAAUUGCCUAAAAAAAUCUAAUCAAACCUUAAUCAACAUUGAGUGAUGUCAAUCCGUAUUUAAAGAAUAGUGUAUAAAUGAGGGAAAAAAACAAUUCGAUUUAAUAAAUAUUGCAUUCAGUUUCACCUGUUCAAAGUCUUAAUCUCAAAAGAUAAAUUAUUUAGCAAUAAACUCAGAAUGCACAACAAUAAAGAUAACAGGUGCCCUUAUUCCUUCGGGAAGAUUUUGUUUACGGAGAAGAUACUGUACCACCAGAGCCAAAUUUUAUAAAUCCUCUUCAAUAUGUAUAUGAUAAAUCAAAAGUAAACAAGGAAGAACUAAAAAAAUUAGAUGAGUAAAUAGCUAAAAUGGAUUUCGAGACUUAGAAUAAUCCUUAUGAAAAGUAAUAAUUUGAAGCUGACUUGGAUUAUAAAUAAAAAGUUGUUGAACAAGAGAAUAAGAUAUAAAGUAUACAUUAAGAAAGUGAUUAAUUGAAAAGUUUGACAAAUCAAAUGACCUCAAUAUUUGAAAAUUAAACAAAUUAGUUCGGACUACAGAGUGUAGCUUUGGGUCAUUUGUAAAAUCUAAAAGAAUCAGUUAAUACUUAAAACCAAUAGAAACUCAUGAAAUAGGACUUUGAAGGCAUCUAUAGAAUGAAAAAAUAAUAAGAGUAAUUGGAAUUAGAGCUUGACAUCAAAAAAAGAGAAAGAGAUAGAAAGCUAUAAGUAUAGGAAUUUGAAAAUGUUACGAAUAGAGCAGGAUUGAAGCUUGAAGAACUAAGAAGAAACAUCUAAGCAGAAAUUUAAAAGUCUUAAUAGAAGUAGUAAAUAUCAAGAAAUGAUGAAAAGCUCAUGCUCUAUAAUUCAACAAUCGCUAGAGAACUCAGAACUACUGAAAUGCAAAAUCUAAGAUCAAAUAUGGUUUAGUAGAGGAAGCAUUCCUAUAUAAAUGGCCCUAAUGGUGGUUCUAAUCAAUCAAAUUUAUUUACCUCUGGAAGAUUAUCAACCUUUGAUAGAGCAACUAACCAAACGAUCAAUGUCGAUUAUAAUCCUUAUUAAUCAGAUGUAUUACACCGAUUAUAAAAUUUAUCUUCAGGUAAAAAUAAAAAGCUUAACACUUCUGAUACAGUAGAGUAUAGUUAUACAGAUAAAUUAGUAUUGCCUAAAGUUAAUUUUGUAGACACAAGAUCCCAUUCCACAAUAAAAUCAUAUGGCAAAAAAGAUCAUCUUAAACCUUAAUCUUAUAUGAAUAAUUACGAUUCCACAUAGCCAGUAUUAAUAAAGAAUUCAAGUUCUUAAAAAUCAAUUACAUAUGAUCCUUAUACAUCCAGCAAAAUGAGUAGUUUGAUUGAUAGACUAAAUGUUUCUUCUUUAAGAGAGCUGGAUAAAUAAAAUAUUGCUGAGGAAAAAAAGGAAGAAGCUACAUAAUACUAUGAACCUUAUCAACCACCAGACCAAAGCAGACAAGAUAUAUUGACUGAGUAGUAGAGAUAGUACCUUGAAAAUUAGAAAAAUAAGUUGGAUUAUUAAAUGUAUCUGAAUCAGCAAUAAACAAAUGAUUUAGUUUACUAAAUCAAGGAUAAAUUAGAUAGGAUAGGAGUCUCAGGCUAAAAGAGAAGUCUCAGUCAGCCUAAAUAUAACUAUUCUUCUAUGCUAAAAGCAGUUGGAAAGCAUACAGCGUAAAAUCUGUUAGCUCGUAACAAUGAUAGAAACUAAACAAUAGUCAAACCAAUUGUGGGAGCGAAUCCUUAAUCUGGAUUCAGAUUAGCUAGUGAUAUAAGAGCGUAAGAAAAAAUCUAAACUUAAUUAAGUAGAAAUCACUCUAACGCAUCUAUAGGCUCAAGAACUAAAAGAAGCAAUCAUUCAUCACCAAAUGGUAGAUUGAUGACGAUGAAGGAGAUUCAAUUAGGGUUAAAUGGCAAUGGAGACGAAAAUAGAAGUUCAAAUUUUAGAUCUUAAUACCUAAGAUGA